GGAGAAUAGGAGAGAAGAACUAGACUGCUUUAUCUUCCAGUACUGGUCCUGUUAACAAAUGGUUCCUGUGUCGGGACCUGGGCGAAAAUCCUAGUCUUUUCCUUCUUCCCAUUGCCGCCUCCUUCCCCCGGCCGCCCUCCGCCUUCACAGAUCGGUGGUGGAUGAUUAUCAACAAUCUUGUCAGAUUGAAGAAGCACCCAUUGUGUACUUUUUAGCAUUAUGAGUGGUGUUCCAAAGAGAUUGCAUGAGGAGGGUGGGCAUUCUACACCUCUAAAACGACCACAUGAAGAACUUGUGAUGUAUUCAUCUCCAUCAGGAAAGGCCAACCAAUCAGUUGGUAAUGAAUUUCACCUCCCUCUUGACCAUGGACAUGAAGGAAGAGUAGCAAAAGCUCAACGCUUAGAAGCCCGUGAAGUUGAUAAAAGAUCAUCUCUGCUGCAUCGGAUGCCUUCAGCAUCUAUCAGUUCAUUAGACCAUCCAAUAACAUCUGAAAACAGAUUAGAUUUGAAGAGAAAUGUCAAGAGUGAAAGUUGGGAAGACAAAGAACAUAGAACUGAUAAAGGUGAUUGUAGGAAUGAUACAAAGUUUGAGAAAGAUUAUGCUGCAGCUAAUGCUCAUUUGAAUUGGAAAGAUAGUAAAGAACAUCACAGGAGUAGAAGAUCUGCAGCUGAUGGUUUGAAUUCAUGGUCUGGAUCCCGAAGUGGUUUACAAAGUGCUAAUGAACUUACAAAGGAUCUGUUAAUAUCUGAGGAUCGCUCUGUUGAAACACUUGAUAGAAUUGGAGAUAACAAAAUUGACCAGAAGGUUGAAGAAAAAUUCAGAGAUAAGGACAGGAAAACAAAGGAAAGAGAUCUUGGUGAAAAGGACAAGGAUAAAAAUGGUUUUCAGAACAAUAUGCUGCUUGGUGGUACUAGUGAUGAACACAAAGAUCUGCUGCGAGAAGAGAAAGACAUGGAAAAAUGGGAAAGGGAGCGGAAAGAUUUGCAGAAAGAUAAAGAAUGGAAUAUGAAGGAUACUUUGAAGAGAGAAACAUUGGCUGCAAAUGAAAAGGAUACUGUGCAAUCUGAAAAGGAGUUCAUUGAUGGUUCUGUUAGAAGCUUUGAGCAGGAUAACACUACCUCUGAACCUAAGAGAGGAAAAUUUGAUAGUUGGAAAAUUCAUGAGAAGGACAUGAAAGAGAAAAAAAGAGAAGUGAAUGGAGAUGCUGGGGAGAGACCAGAACAACGUGGUAAGCAUAAUGACAAGGAAUUAGAUGAUAGUUUCGUAGAUGGAGAUGGGGCUACAGAUAAAGAAAAGGAAGCUUUUGGUAAUGUUCAACAGCGUCGGAGACUACGAACGAGAGGAACUCCUCAAACACCUCAACGUGAAGGUCGUCCUCGAUCUAAAGCACGUGAUAAUGAGGGAUCUCAAGGAAAAUCUGAUGCAUCUGCAAUAGUCUAUAAAGCUGGUGAGUGUAUGCAGGAACUUAUGAAAUCUUGGAAGGAAUUUAAAGCAUCUCAGGAUGUACAAAAUGAGAAGAUCUUGCAAGAUGGUCCAACUCUGGAAAUUCGAAUACCUGCAGAAUAUAUAACUUCCACAAAUCGACAAGUGAAAGGUGCUCAGCUUUGGGGUACAGAUAUAUACUCAAAUGAUUCAGAUCUAGUAGCUGUUCUCAUGCACACUGGUUAUAUCUCCACGUCAUCUCGUCCGCCACUUGGCAUUCAAGAGUUAUGCACAACAGUUCGAGUUCUACCAUCACAAGAAUGUUAUACUUCAACUUUACGAAACAAUGUCCGUUCACGUGCUUGGGGGGCAGGAAUUGAUUGUAGUUUUCGAGUUGAGCGUUGUUGUAUUGUGAAGAAAUGCGGUGGGACAAUUGAUUUGGAACCUCGCCUUACGUAUACAUCAGCAGUGGAGCCAACUAUAGCUCCAAUAUCAGUUGAGCGUACAAUGACAACAAGAGCUGCAGCUUCGAAUGCCUUGCGUCAUCAAAGAUUUGUUCGAGAAGUUACCAUUCAGUACAAUCUUUGCAAUGAACCAUGGCUGAAAUACACAAUUAAUAUUGUCGCUGAUAAGGGACUCAAGAAGCCUCUUUAUACUUCAGCACGUCUAAAGAAAGGAGAAGUUCUAUAUUUGGAGACGCAUUUCAACAGAUAUGAACUUUGUUUUAAUGGAGAGAAGCCCAUUCCAUCUACUUCUCAAGCAACCGAUUUGGAUCAUGAGAAACUACAAAACCACGGCUUACACGCUUCAAAUGGAGAUAGAAAUUCGACAGAACGCGAGACUGUCAUCGAUGUUUUUAGGUGGUCCCGCUGCAAAACACCGUUACCCGAGAAGCUAAUGAGGUCAUCAGGAAUCCCCUUACCCAUGGAACAUCUAGAGAUAUUAUAUGAUAACUUGGACUGGGAAGAUAUCCAGUGGUCACAAACCGGAGUUUGGGUGUCUGGCAAAGAGUAUCUCCUUGCUCGAGUACAUUUUCUAUCUCCAAAUUAACAGUGCAUUAUAUGAUAUGUGGCUACUGGAAUUCUGUGUAAGAUUUAAUGCAUCAUGUUGAUAAUGCCUACCCCUUUGGUAGGUGCGACCGUGCCUUCACUGGCACUUUUAAGUCUACGUAGCACCAAGCAUUUUGUGUUCCCCUCAACAUCUGUUACUUAUUUUUAUCUGUGAAUUAUGUUUGUUAGAUUAUUAUUGACCGUUUCAUUUAUGUGUUCA